AUUGACGGAAUAAAGUAAGAAAAACACAAAUAAUAUUUCAUUUCUCGGACAAGACAAGUGGAUGGAGUCGGACAGCGUACUUGAUGAUGAAAUCACCACCAACAGCCGCCCUUUGCUUCCGCCGGAUGUUGUCGGCGGCGGCGAGGAGCGGAGCGGUUCCGAUUCCGCCACCGCUGUUCUUGUUCUGAGCACCUUCGUGGCGGUGUUAGGUUCAUAUGUUUUUGGUUCUGCUGUGGGAUUCUCUUCACCUGCUCAGUCUGGGAUUCUUGAUGAUCUUGGCCUAUCACUGGCUGAGUACUCGUUGUUCGGGUCGAUAUCAACUAUCGGAGCUAUGAUUGGAGCAGUCGUGAGUGGGAAGAUAGCAGAUCUCUUUGGAAGGAGAGGAGCAAUGGGUUUCGCGGAGUUGUUCAAUAUCGUUGGAUGGGUUUCAAUAGCCUUUGCUAAGAAUGCAUGGUGGCUCGAUAGUGGGAGGCUGUUAACUGGAUUCGGAGUCGGGCUUCUCUCAUACGUCGUACCUGUAUAUAUAGCAGAAAUCACGCCCAAGAAUCUCCGAGGCGCAUUUACUGCAGUCAACCAGUUGAUGAUAUGUUGUGGACACUCGAUAGUGUAUCUUGUUGGUAAUAUCAUUAACUGGCGCCUCUUGGCUUUAAUCGGAACAAUUCCAUGUGUAAUACAGCUUGUGGGCCUCUUCUUCAUUCCCGAGUCCCCUAGAUGGCUGGCUAAGAUUGGUAAGUGGGAUAGAAGUGAAAAAUCUUUGGUUCGUCUCAGGGGGAAGAAUGCUAAUAUUUAUGAAGAAGCAGCUGAAAUCGGAGAUUAUACGAGAAGUUUAGAACAAUUCGAGGACUCUAGAAUGGUAGACUUGUUCCAAAGAAAAUAUGCUCACUCGCUUAUCGUGGGAGUAGGGUUGAUGGUGUUGCAACAAUUUGGAGGGGUCAAUGCGAUUUCGUACUAUGCAAGCGCAAUUUUUUCGUCAGCAGGUUUUUCAUAUAGAGUUGGAACAACAACAAUGGUCAUUGUUCAGGUUCCGAUGACUGUUGUAGGAACACUACUAAUGGAUAAAUCCGGAAGACGUCCACUAUUACUGGUUUCGGCAACGGGAACUUGCUUAGGUUGUCUUCUGAUUGGAUUGUCAUAUUUAUUACAGGAUCAUAAGCUUUGGGAUUUCAGUCCCUCUCUAGCAUUUGGUGGUGUCUUGAUAUUUUCGGGAUCAUUCUCCUUAGGCAUGGGAGGGAUUCCUUGGGUUAUAAUGUCAGAGAUAUUUCCGAUAAACAUAAAAGGCUUAGCUGGAAGUCUUGUGACGGUGGUCAACUGGUUCGGCACUUGGAUUAUUACGUAUUCGUUUAACUUUCUCGCACAAUGGAGCUCUGCAGGCACGUUUUUGGUGUUUGCAAGUGUAUGUGGUUUAACAGUGAUCUUCAUCGUAAAGCUCGUUCCGGAAACGAAGGGCCGUACAUUGGAGGAAAUUCAAGCGUCCAUGAUCAUGUUUGGAACGGAUAAAUAGUACUUACUAAUAUUGGCAAAGUCAUUGUUAAGUUGGGUUUCUGUUAAAGUGUUUGCAGUGGCGAAUCCAGGAUUUCAGUUAAGUGUGUUCAAAAUUUUAUAAAUAAAUAAGUAAAUAAACAAAUAGUAAAAGAAAAA